AUGUCAGACGGGAGCUCGAGUGGCUCCGAUGCGGAGUUUAUUGACCUUACAGAGGACGAUAAUUCUCAUCCAGACAUUGAUGGGCAUCAUAAUGAUGCCCCUGACCAAGAGGAUAUCUUGAUUGGACUAGAUGUACAUGGGGAGCCGAUCUCGCACAUCAUAUACCGGCCUAGUAGCCCUAUGGACACCGACAGCGAAGAGGAAAACAGUGACAAUGGCCAACAAACUCCUGAAGCCGAGGGAAGCCUCUUCUUCAGUGACGACGACGACGGUGAAAUCAGCAAUGGUGAUGGCGGUGACGGUGGACAUAGAGGACCCCCAUCCCCACCAUCGCCCGUUGACCCAGGUAGCGAAUCUGACGAGUCAGAAGAUGCCGACAAUCAUCAUGACGAUGAUGAGGAUGACGACGACGACACCGACGAUCAAAGUCAGGCAAACCACCAUAACCAAGGGGCUCCUACCGGAGGAAGUCCUGGUGGCGAUGAUUCUGGCGAUGACAGUUCAGACGAUGAAGCAGAUCCAAAUGACGAAGAUGUCGACAAUCAUCCCAUCAAUCGUGACGAUGAAGAAGGCAACGUGGAGCACGGACAUAAGAACCCGGACGCUGAUUUACCUCAGGUCCUAGAGGAAGAAAGUAUCGAAUCGCCAGAAUGGAAUGGACAAUGUCUCAACACAUGUCAUCCCCUUUGGGAUAGGGUUGCUCGCGAAUUUGCAAAUUAUCGAAACCGAUUCCUCAAAAAGAGAGAAGAGUUGAGAGAAUGCAAGAAGGGCAACAGGAAACGGGUCACUGACCGGAAUCGUGAAAUCAGGAGCCUAAAAGAGCUGGUGGGCAUAAUGAAAGAAGCAGUAAGAGAGUUCUAUGCUGCCAAUGAAGUAAACAUUCAGCAGAAUAUAAGACUUGUUUCGGAGAACGAGGAACUCCGAUGUCUUGUGCCCCCAGUAGAAUUGGUCGAUUUCCCCGACCCUAUUCAGCUGAACAAUGAGGAUAUGGAGGCAUCUCUGCCCGAGGAGAAGCUGGAGAGACUGCCGCCAGAAGUCCGAAGGUAUUUUCGUGAGUGGCGGGGCGCACCAGUGAAAGCCCGAAAGACAGAACGUUUAUGGCCAUCUGCUUACACGUAUUGGAUCACUCAUGGUCGUCAUCGUGACUAUGAGAAUUGGGGACAGAUUCACAAGCUCGCUUGCCAGGAAGAGAAUAUGCCUUCAGUUUUCGGCAAGUCCACGCCACUCAGGACACACCCUUACCUCACUCUGUGUGCACCGCCCCUCCAAGAGGAAGAGAGGGUUAUCACAGGAGAGGGUGAAGUUUGUACUCCUGAGCCAUAUUGCCGACGCGAAUGCCCACAAACCCAAGAAGAUACCGGCCCGUUCAACUUCGACAUUCUUCCAACCAAAGAUCGACAGAAGAUAAUCACCAAAAUCCUUCGGUAUGCUCUUGUUUUUGAUGGGAAUAUCAUUCACGCUAUCUCUCGUUUGGACCCAUUCUUCGAGCCAGCCUCCCCUAACCGGAACUGCAACGGUAAAAUAUCGCUAUUGCAUCGCUUCCACAUUGGGCGACAGAGAGUUUCUCUCACAUUUGGAACAAUUCAUCCUCAGAAACUCCUUGCCCCUCUUCUGGUAUGCAAGGAGUGGAACAUGAUAGGUGGGAGCCUGUUCUAUGGAGCAAACACAUUCGCUUUCUCUUCUAUCGGCGAGUAG